AAAUGCUACAACGAUCUACUCUGUAACAAGGGGAGAUAAAUCUGUAACGUAACACGGCAGAGACACUGGAGGCGGAGUGGAAGCGGAGUAGAACUCUGCUUUUAGAGAGAAUUUCUACUAGGCUACAUCACUGGUUCUGUACGUAGGCUGUGUUCUUUGUAUACUGAAGGGCGAAAGAACGCGAUACUAACUCGUAGUUGCCUACUAGGGAGAGGUGAAGCACCGAGGCGAAGCGGAAUGGAGCACUUUUGUGGAGCCCGUUUCUGGGAUGCCAAUUUGACCCUACACACAGACUCCCCUGACCUCACAAAAUGUUUUCAGAUGUCUGUGCUGUCAUGGAUACCUUGCAUCUACCUGUGGCUUGUCUUCUCAGUCUAUUUCCUGUAUCUGAAGAAGAACAACAAAGGCUACAUCAUGAUGUCACCGUUGAACAGAGUGAAAACGGUUAUUGGCCUGCUGUUAUGGAUUGUAUGUUGGACAGAUCUGUUUGCCUCAUUCCAUGAGAUACAGCCAGGAAACCCCCUACCACCUGUAUUCUUUGUCACCCCACUUGUAAUGGGUAUGACAAUGCUGCUGGCCACCUUCCUGAUUCAGUAUGAGCGUCUGCGAGGGGUUCAGUCCUCUGGAGUUCUUUUCAUAUUCUGGUUCCUGUCUGUAUUGUGUGCCAUUGUGCCUUUCCGCUCAAAGAUCAUCCAGGCCUCCGAGAAGGGUGAGAUAACAGACAAGCUGCGAUUCACCACCUUCUAUCUGUACUUUGGGCUGAUCCUGGCAGAGCUCAUCCUUUCCUGCUUCAAUGAGCGCCCGCCUCUCUUUUCCAGCGUGGUCACUGACCCUAACCCAUGUCCGGAGGCUACUGCAGGCUUCUUGUCAACCAUGACCUUCUGGUGGUUCACAAGUAUGGCUAUCAAGGGCUACAGAAAUCCUUUGGAGAACAAAGACCUGUGGUCCCUGAACAAACGAGACAGUUCAGAGGUUGUUGUACCCAAACUGCUCCAGGAAUGGAAGGCUGAAAACUCCAGAAUUCAGAGUGGUGACCAUGAGAAGGACGCUCAUGCCCUGUACUGCAAGACUCCAUCAGCCACGGAGGCCAACCAUGUAGGUGGAGGUGUGGAGGAGGCAGAGGUGUUGCUGUCUGAACAACAGGAGUCCAGGAAGCCUUCCUUCUUGCGUUGCCUGCUCAAAGCCUUCGGGCCCUACUUUCUCAUUGGCUCCGCCUACAAACUUUUGCAGGAUGUCAUCACAUUUGUCAACCCUGUGCUUCUCAGAUUGUUGAUCUCUUUCACAGAGCAGAAGGACGCACCACAGUGGUGGGGCUUUGCACUGGCGUUCCUGAUGUUUGCCUGCGCCUUACUGCAGACCCUCAUCCUGCACCAGCACUUUCAGUACUGCUUUGUCACUGGAAUGAGGCUCCGUACUGCCAUUGUCGGUGCCAUCUAUAGGAAGUCUCUGGUCAUCACCAACGCAGCCAGGCGUUCCGCUACUGUGGGUGAGAUCGUAAACCUGAUGUCAGUAGAUGCUCAACGCUUCAUGGAUCUCACGACCUUCCUCAAUAUGCUGUGGUCAGCGCCACUACAGAUCAUUCUGGCACUCUACUUCCUGUGGCAGUAUUUGGGUCCCUCUGUCCUGGCUGGGGUGGCUGUGAUGGUACUGCUGAUCCCCCUCAAUGCAGCCAUUGCCAUGAAGACCAGGGCAUUCCAGGUGGAGCAAAUGCAGUGCAAAGAUGCUCGCAUCAAGCUAAUGAAUGAGAUCCUUAAUGGCAUCAAGGUGCUGAAGCUGUAUGCCUGGGAGAACUCAUUCCAGGAGAAAGUCCUGCAGAUCCGCCACAAUGAGCUGAACGUGCUUCGCAAGAUGGCGUACCUCGGGGCAUUGUCCACCAUGGCCUGGACCAGCGCUCCUUUCAUGGUUGCCUUGACAACAUUUGCUGUGUAUGUGACAGUGGAUGAAAAUAACAUUCUAGAUGCCCAAAAGGCCUUUGUGUCCCUGUCUUUGUUCAAUAUUCUGAGAUUCCCCCUCAACAUGUUGCCCCAGGUCAUCAGCAGCAUUGUGCAGGCCAGUGUCUCUCUGAAACGCAUCCAGCAGUUCCUGAGUCAUGACGAGCUCGACCCUGACACCGUUGAUAGAAAAAACAUUGCAUCAGAUCAUGCUGUGACUGUUAUCAAUGGGAAAUUCACCUGGGCAAAAAGUGAACCUGCAGCCCUUCACAACAUCAAUCUGAUGGUGCCCAGUGGCUCCUUGCUUGCGGUGGUGGGAAACGUGGGCUGUGGGAAGUCUUCACUGCUGUCAGCGCUGUUGGGAGAGAUGGAGAAGCUGGAGGGGGAGAUCUCUAUACGGGGCUCAGUGGCCUAUGUGCCCCAGCAGGCUUGGAUACAGAAUGCCACACUGAGGGAUAAUAUCCUAUUUGGCAACCCUUACAAUGAGCAGAAAUACCGCUGUGUGCUGGACGCGUGUGCCCUCACCCCUGACCUAGAGGUCCUUCCUGGUGGCGACCAGACUGAAAUUGGAGAGAAGGGCAUUAACUUGUCCGGGGGACAGAGACAACGUGUUAGUUUGGCCCGGUCUCUGUACAGUGAGGCUGACGUGUACCUGCUAGAUGACCCCCUGUCUGCUGUGGAUGCUCAUGUGGCAAAGCACAUUUUUGACAAAGUUAUCGGUCCAGAGGGAGCUCUACAAGGAAAGACUCGAAUCCUGGUGACACAUGGCAUCAGCUUCUUGCCCCAGGUCGAUAACAUAAUGGUGAUAGUGGAUGGCAGGGUGUCCGAGAUGGGCUCCUACAAUGAUCUUCUCAAACAAAAUGGAGCCUUUGCUGAGUUCCUCAGGAACUAUGCGCUGGAAGACAUCACAGAGGAGGAUGAGGAAAUAGUGGCAAUGAUUGAAGAUGACGAUUUCCCUGAUGAUGCUUUGAGUAACCACGUAGACAUGGGGGAUGAGCCUGUUGUCAAUGAGACGAAGAGACAGUUCAUACGGCAAAUCAGUGUAAUUUCCAAUGAUAUGGAGAACCCAAAGAAGAUGUCCGUUCGGCAGCGACGCUGCAGUGAGAGGAAGCACGUGGAACCGCUAGAAAAGAAGCAGAAACCAGUGGAAAAACUAAUCCAGGCAGAGACCGCAGAGACAGGAAGGGUGAAAUUAAAGGUGUUCUGGGAGUAUGCCAAAGCCGUUGGGCCCUUGCUGUCCAUUUUCAUCUGCUUCCUUUAUGGCUGCCAGAAUGCAGCGGCCAUCGGAGCCAACAUCUGGCUGAGUCAGUGGACCAGUGAUUCUGGGCUCAAUCAGACUGAGCAGAAUACACAAAUGAGGGUGGGGGUGUAUGCUGCACUAGGCCUCACGCAAGGUGUUCUGCUUCUGGGCAUCUGUGUACUGUGCCGGGCCUACAGUAUGCUGAAGGCGGCCCGCUCCAUCCACUGCAACAUGCUCCACGCCAUCCUGAGAGCCCCACAGGCCUUUUUCCAAGCCACUCCCUCAGGGAGAAUUUUGAAUCGCUUCAGCAAAGAUGUGGACACAAUUGACUCUCACAUUCCAGAAAAUAUUGAUAUUUGGAUGCGCACUUUCUGGUACACAGUAAACGUGCUGCUCAUAUGCUCUGCCCUCACCCCUAUCUUCCUCAUAGUCAUAGUCCCAUUAAUGAUGUUCUAUUGGUGGGUCCAGAGAUUUUACGUGGCCACUUCUCGCCAGCUAAAGAGACUGGAGUCUGUCAGUAGGUCUCCUAUAUACUCUCACUUUUCUGAAACCAUCACAGGCACGAGUGUGAUCCGUGCAUACAUGAGGCAAGGUGCCUUCAUUCUCAUAAGUGAUAUGAAAGUGGAUGAGAACCAACGGAGUUACUACCCUGGCAUUGUUUCAAACCGGUGGCUGGGGGUUCGUGUUGAGUUCAUUGGGAACUGCAUUGUACUGUUUGCCGCACUGUUUGCUGUGAUGGGCAAGGACAGCCUAAGUCCAGGGCUUGUGGGACUUUCUGUGUCUUAUGCAUUGCAGGUAACCAUGUCCUUGAACUGGAUGGUAAGGAUGACCUCGGACUUGGAGAGCAAUAUUGUGGCGGUAGAACGAGUGAAGGAGUAUUCAGAGACACAGACUGAGGCUCCCUGGGAGAUAGAAGACAAGAAGCCACCCCCAGAGUGGCCAACCCAGGGGAAAGUGGAGUUCCAUGACUACAGUGUGAGGUACCGGGAGGGGCUGGAUCUUGUACUGAAGAACCUCACUCUCAGUGUAAAAGGAGGGGAGAAGAUUGGCAUUGUUGGAAGGACGGGGGCUGGAAAAUCCUCCAUGACCCUGUGCCUAUUCCGCUUGUUGGAGGCAGCAGGUGGAGAGAUUACCAUUGAUGAGGUGAAAAUCUCUGACAUUGGUCUUCAUGACCUCAGGUCCAAGCUUACAAUUAUUCCCCAGGAACCGGUCCUUUUCUCUGGGACUCUGAGAAUGAACCUUGACCCCUUUGAGAAGUACACUGAUGAGGAGGUGUGGAAAGCACUGGAAUUGUCCCACUUGAAAAAGUUUGUUAGCAACCAGCCUUCUAAACUCGACCUUGAAUGUUCUGAAGGUGGAGAAAACCUAAGUGUGGGCCAAAGACAGCUGGUUUGUUUGGCCCGGGCCCUGCUGAGAAAGACCAGGAUAUUGAUCCUCGAUGAAGCUACAGCUGCCAUUGAUCUGGAGACUGAUGACCUGAUUCAGUCCACCAUCCGCACACAGUUCGAGGACUGUACCGUUUUCACCAUUGCUCACAGACUUAACACCAUCUUGGACUACACAAGAGUUCUCGUAUUGGACAAGGGACAAAUAGCUGAAUUUGACACCCCAACAAACCUUAUAGGAAAGAAAGGAAUAUUCUACGGUAUGGCCAAAGAUGCAGGACUGGCAUAAUACCACGACUUGGGGUGUUUUCACACUUCGUUUCAGCCUCUCAGGUGGACUCAGACUAAUGACUCAGCAUUUUUGUGCACAUGUGAACACGCCAAACAAACUCAGGCCCAUCUGAAACUAACCAAAACUCAGACCACUAUAGGAGGUGGUCUCAGCAUGGUCUAUUUGUGGUUCUUUUCAAGGUCUACUUAAUUUGUGAAUUGUAAAUAUAAAGCUGCUCCAGUCUGCUUUGCAUUUUGCUGUACACUUUAAUACCUCAAGACUUGCCGUGCAUUGAUUCUACGCAGAUGGUGUGACUUCAGAGCAUACCUGGCUAAAAAGAAAUAGUAGACUGGUUUCUGGUGGUGUUUGUGGGAUUGUGUGGUCAGAGGAAAUCCUGUGUUCUUCUUACACCAGCUUCACAAAAAUGUAGCACAACAAAAUGAUAAACACUUGCAGAGGCCAUCAUGAAGAAAAUUACCCAUAAUCAGGAGUUGACAUAAAUGGUACACAAGUACGCAUUAACAGCAAAAGAUUAAAAUGCAUGGCAAUUUUGUCAUAACAGUCCAAAUGCCUGCCUAUUUUCAGGUAUGCUUUCCAUUAGGAAAAUUGCCAUGCAUUUUAAUCUUUUUGCUGUCAAUGCGUACUUCCAUACCACUUAUGUAAACCCCUGUCUGUAAUCCAAUGUUACAGCAGUGGAGUCUGAGUUCUAAAGGAGCUGCUCUGUGAACAAGUGGUCUGAGAUCUCAUCAAUGCUGAAAUGGACCAUAAAGGGAGCAGAGUCUCCUUUCAAGGCCACUUACAACGUGAGCACAAAAAGACUGAGUUCAUUUGCAGCUGGUUCAUUUUAAAAGAGCUACCUGAGGAAAACAUCCAUAAUCUGUACAAAGCCAACAGUGCCUUUUCAUAACUCAAACCAGUGAAUGUAUACUUUUAUAUGGAGUAGUUACCUGUAACCUGGAUCUUCUUUUUAUAUUUUUCUAAGAACUAUGCCACUGUAACUUCAAUGAGCACCAAGUUCAUGUUGACCUAAGCUUAUUUUUGUACUGUUAUUUAAGUUCCUUUAUAAAGUUUUUCUUUAAAAAAUUA